UUGAACCUCACCUCACCUCACCUCACCUCACCUCAUACACAAACAAUUUGCCAAGUGCCAGCCUUUCUAACCUGUAUUCAAUCACAUCAUAUAGUUCUCUAUUACCCUUCUUUUCAUUGCAACACUUUGCUUUCAAACUGUUGCUAAAGAUCCAUACCAAAUAUUCAACCAUGUCUUUCCUCACACUUCCUCAAACCCUCUUACCAAAAUCUUCCAUGUUCUUUCUUCAUUCAUUUCAUCAUGUGUCAAACCAACAAGACUCACUCAUCAUCAUGUUAAGGUAAGCCUUAGUUGGUCAAUUCAAGAGUCAACAAAGUUUCUUUUCAUCCUUGUCAAGGUAGAAACAUUCACCUUAAAAAGUUGUUUUUUAAACCAUGAAAAAACAUUGGACUUGGUUGUGUUUAUGUAUCCUACUUUGGUCUAAACUAGUUUUGGUUAUGGCUGGUAUUCAAUGGAUUGGAAAGAUCUCACCUGGAUUUGAAGGGUCACAGAUGAAUUGGAUUGAUAAGAAUGGAAAGUUUCUUGUCUCAAACACAAAACAAUAUGGUUUUGGCUUUGUCACAUCUUCAUACAACAACACAUUGUUCCAUCUUGCAAUAGUCCACAUGGAUAGCACCAAAAUCAUUUGGACUGCAAAUAGAGAAUCUCCUGUUUCAAGUUCUGAUAAAUUUGUGUUUGAUGAAAAGGGUAAUGUUUUUUUACAAAAAGGAAAGUUUUUGAUUUGGUCAACAAACACAAGUGACAUGAAGGUUUCAUCAAUGGAGUUACAAGAUAAUGGAAACUUGGUUUUGCUUGGAAAUGAUGACAGGAAUGUGAUUUGGCAAAGCUUUGAUCAUCCAACAGAUACUUUGUUGCCAAUGCAAAACUUCACCAAAGGAAUGAUACUUAUCAGUGAGCAAGAUUCUUCUAACAAUUUGAGUUAUGUGCUUGAGAUUGAAGCUCAUUCUGGUAAUGUUGUUCUUUCCAGUGGUUUACAAUCUCCACAAAGCUAUUGGUCUAUGCAGAAAGAUAUCCGAAGAGUCGUCAAUGAAAACGGCGAUGAUGUAGCUUUUGCAACUCUUGAUGCAAAUUCAUGGAAAUUCUAUGAUAAUGAGAGAUCUUUGUUGUGGCAAUUUAUCAUUUCUAAGGAUGAUGAUUCAAAUGCAACAUGGAUUGCAGUUUUGGGAAGUGAUGGAAUUAUUACUUUCACCAAUCUUCAAGUUAAAGGCUCAAUUGCUUCAUCAACAAGAAAAAUACCAGAAGAUCCUUGUAGUACACCACAGCCUUGUGGUUCUUACAAUGUAUGUUUUGGUGACAGAAAAUGUAGCUGUCCUUCUGUUCUUAGCUCUAGACCUAGUUGUCAACCGGGUUUUGUUUCGCCUUGUAACUCGGAAAAUUCUAUUGAGUUAGUGAAAGGUGAUGAUGGACUUGGUUACUUUGCACUUGAAUUUCUUCAACCUUCUUCGAAAACCGAUUUGAUUGGUUGCAAGAAUUCUUGUUGUGAAAAUUGUUCAUGUCUUGCUAUGUUCUUUCAUGGGAGUUCAGGUAACUGUUAUAUGUUGGAUAGGAUUGGAAGCUUUGUGAAAUCUGAUAAUGAUACUGAUUUUGUCUCUUACAUUAAAGUUUCGAGAGACAGAAGCACGGACACAGACACGGACAUUGCAGGGAGCGGAAACAAGAAUACGCAAGCAAUAGUUGUUGUGAUCAUUGUGAUAUUAACAUUGUUUGUCAUUUCUGGUAUGAUUUAUGUGGGACUAAAAUUCUUAAAGAAAAAGGAAAAUUCAUCCGAUUCUCCGAUCGAGAAUUCGGACGGCGAUGACGAUUUCUUGGAGAGUUUAACUAGUAUGCCGAUCCGUUUCAGCUACAACGAUCUAGAAACUGCGACGAAUAGCUUCGCGGUGAAGUUAGGUCAAGGUGGUUUCGGCUCGGUAUAUAAGGGAAGUCUUUCAGAUGGAACUCAAAUAGCUGUGAAAAAGUUAGAAGGAAUAGGUCAAGGGAAGAAAGAAUUUAGAGUUGAAGUUAGCAUUAUUGGAAGCAUUCAUCAUCAUCAUUUGGUAAGGCUUAAAGGGUUUUGUGCAGAAGCAUCACAUAAACUUCUUGUUUAUGAGUAUAUGGAAAAUGGUUCAUUAGAUAAAUGGAUAUUCAAAAAAAGAGAACAAUAUUUGGAUUGGAACACAAGGUACAACAUUGCACUAGGAACAGCUAAAGGACUAGCUUAUCUACAUGAAGAUUGUGAUUCAAAGAUUGUUCAUUGUGAUAUCAAACCAGAAAAUGUGCUCUUAGACAAUAAUUUCGAAGCCAAAGUAUCCGAUUUCGGUCUCGCGAAGCUCAUGAACCGCGAACAAAGCCAUGUUUUCACAACAAUGAGAGGGACAAGAGGGUACUUAGCACCAGAGUGGAUCACAAACUAUGCUAUAUCAGAGAAAAGUGAUGUUUAUAGCUAUGGAAUGGUGCUGUUAGAAAUUAUAGGUGGAAGGAAAAACUAUGAUGCUAGUGAAAAUUCGGAGAAAGCGCAUUUUCCUUCUUAUGCUUAUAAGAUGAUGGAACAAGGGAAGGUGGAGGAUUUGAUUGAUCCUGAAGUGAAAAUGGUUGAAAAUGAUGUGAGAGUUGAGAUUGCUUUGAAUGUUGCAUUUUUGUGUAUACAAGAAGAUAUGAGUUUGAGGCCUUCUAUGAAUAAAGUUGUGCAAAUGCUUGAGGGGUUAUGUGAUGUUCCUAAGGUGCCAAAAGGUUCUCCUUUAGGUUCUAAGUUUUAUUUGAAUUUGCUUAGACCUACAAGUGAGGUUGGAACUUCUUCAGAACCAUUAGAGGGGAAUAGUGAUGCAUAUCUCUCUGCUGUUAGACUUUCAGGACCAAGAUAAAAAGUAUAUGUGACAUUUUUUUUUAUUAUAACUAGUGUUUAUUUUUGUUUUUUCUUUGGUGUUGUUGAGGAAAUUCAAGUGUACAAAAGUUUAAUUAGUGUCAUCAAUUUUGGAAACAUAUGCAUUUGAAUUUUGACACCAAGAAGUGUAGUAAUAGAAGCUUUUAUAUUUUUUAAAAAUUACAUACAUUCAUCCGAGAUGAGAUAACCGGAUUAAGAACUUCAAUUUGAGAAUUAUACUCAAAUUUCACUUAUUUUUUUAAUGAGAUUCAAAUAUAUUUAAUAUGGACAAAGUUCCUUGACUUUAUUAAUUUUGUGAAGGAUGCAUUACAUGGAGUAUUUAUAGCACAAGUAAGGUAAGGUGUAUACACCAUAGCCCAAGUAUGCGAGUAUAGUAUAGAAAUUUAUAACCAACUC